AUGCUUUCCGCCGGCAUCGUCAAACUCCCUGACUGGACUGGCGUAGAGAAGAAGGAGAUCCAGAUCCCUGUGCGCGACGGCAGCUCAAUUCGCGCCGUGGUGUACCGCCCAGAGAACGCGGAGCCAGGACCGUUGGCUGUGUACUUCCACGGCGGCGGCUUCACGUUUGGAUGGCCUGAGAGCUGGGAGCAUGGCUUCGAAGUAAUGACCAAACAGCUCGGUAUCACGGUCGUGGGCGUCGCGUACCGGCUUGCGCCCGAGCAUGUGUUUCCCACGGCGGCGGAGGAUGCGUGUGAUAGCUUGAGGUGGUGUGCUGAGCAUGCUGAGCGGUUGGGUGCGAAUCCUGCAAAGGGGGUCGUUGUUGCUGGGACGAGCGCUGGGGCGAGUCUGGCGGCUGUCGCGGCGCAUGAUGCUGUUGAGAGGAAGAUGGAGCCGAAAGUUACUGGGGUGGUGUUGAUAGGUGCUGGGCUGGUGCAUCAUGAUGCUGUGCCGGAGAGCUAUAGGGAGCAUUAUAAGAGCCGCGAGGAGAAUAGGGAUGCGAUGAUUCUGGAUGUGCGGGGUAACGACUGGUUCUUUGAACAAUACAGACCGGAUCCUAAAUCGCAUUUUGCCAGCCCGCUCCUCUGGCCAGGCGGGCAUGGAGGGCAGCCGCCGACGUACUUGCAGGCUACGGGCAUGGAUCCGCUGCGUGACGACUCGUUGAUCUACGAGCAUGUUUUGCGGGAAGAGUAUGGCGUGCCCACGAAGCUAGAUGUGUACGCUGGGAUGCCUCACUGUGCUCCUGACUUCUUUCCCAUGCUGCCAGUUGCGGGCAAGGCAUUGGAAGACCUGAAGGCUGGUGUGGAGUGGAUUCUAAGCCAUAGGGCCGAGUAGUCCCGACGGCUGAUCGUCAUAGUCAGUGACAGCAUGGAAGCUUUUUCGCAGCGAGCAUUUGUCUCGACUCUAUACACGGUCUUCAAGACAUAUGAUGGUGUCUCAAAGUUGGUG